AGGGGCACGUUUAUGAGUGGUUUAAAGGGCAUCUCUGCUUACCAUCCUUCAAACUCUAAGCUGCUACUUUGCAAUCCAUUGAACAUCUAAUCAUAUACAAGGCAUUUACCCAUGUUGACUUCAUCGAUGAGUAUGGGUUGAUAAAGACCGUCAUCUACGACAGCCGCAACUUGAUUAUACGGGAAUGGACCUAGUCGGUGACGAUCACGUCUGAUCUCUCGCGGAGCACCAGCGAAACCAGGUAUUUAGCCCUCGUACAACCAUAUUCUACAUAUCCGCAGGCAGUUCCAAGAAUAAAACUCCACAUUCAGGUGGCGGGAAGAAAGUAACGGCCCGGCUGUAACCUUUGCUAAGCACGACGUCACAACAUUUCCUUGAGGAAUAGAGGUUCUACAUUUAUGUCUACAAUACCAACUUCUUCCAACAAACGAAUGACACGAAUGACCUACGAAAAUACCAUCUCUUCAAACGCCCUCCACGCGUCCAGUUUGCUUGACAUUGGUGGUCAUGUCGGAAAUUAGCCUGCUUUCCAGCGUCAGUAAACCACCACAGCUCCAUUACGGAGCUGAAAGGAGACCACGACUAACUGUGGCGCUGUACUUCAGCAGGGCAAUCCGCGUAAUGGAGGGUCGCAAGGCUUAGGAUAGCGGAUCAAUUCCAUGCAGUGGGCAGCGUCGCGUGCUCAUCUUUCAAGCGAAUGAGGCAACGAAUUUCCACCAAAUACGAGAAUCCGCUUCUGCCAGCCGGCGGAAAUAACACUAGUUUACUUGGAGAGUCAGUAAUUGGCCCCGCGAGACAAGGAGUUGGACCUUGUCCAUAGGAAUAUGCAGCCCAGCGUGUUUCGCCGACAUCCUGCAGCUCUUGGCCGUUCCUUGGCUAUGUUCUCCCUUCUCUUUUUUUCACAAGAAGGAAAUCACAAGGCGGAGCACACAAAGUCUAUUUGUAACUCUAUCCUCCCCUCAUCUGAACUUGGCACCACCGCUUGGCAACCCCUCUGCUUUCUGGUACAUGACCACUCCAAGCGCAGUCGCCCAAGCACAAGAUCAGCGCUUCUGGCACCUGAUAAUUUUAAUGGAUUGAUAAUUCUGACAUCUAGAUAAUCAGAUUGGAUAUUAAUUGAUAUACCAGGACCGUUGCCGCUUGCAUACUUUUAGACAACGCGUCCACCUCGAUCUUAAACAACCGGUCCGGCUGAUUCGGUUAAAUACGAUAGCAUCCUUCAACCGCACACUCGCUUGACAUUGCCAACGUCACGGCUCGUCGCAACUGUCCAGUAGCAUAAAAUCCGAUCUCAGACCGCCUACACUUUUAUUCCGGGGCCAGAUUUAUUCUUUCGCAUGCAUUUGCGAGUCCCUUGAGCCAUGUUUGGAGCACUACAAUCGGCAGGUUAUACGCGCUUACGGCCAGCGAACGAGAGAGGAGCGCAGUGCCUAACAUGGUUUCAGCGCAUUAGGGCGAUUGUUAUACUAUUCGCCUCAAAAAUAUGGCGAGGAGGGCCUCGUUUUCUUCUUCAAUUAACUGCCAGUAUUUUGGCAAUACUCUUGUUAGCAGGGCUGUUUCCGCAGCAUAUUCAGCAUAACUACGCCAAAAUUAUAAACUGGACGCGCCCAGUGCCAGACGAGUUCGCUAACCUUCGAAUCGUUGUGUUUGGUUCUCAAGAUCUUUCUGGAAGCGGAAUUUCAGCAGAUGGAAGCAAAUCACGGAAGUCAUGGACAGAAGAGUUGUGCCAGCUGAUGGACUGCUCGAUAUACACUUCAGUCGUCCCAUCUGCAAGCGUUGGUCCAGUACUCACUUCGAACGCAAUAUACGGCGGCCACUUGGCUGAGAUUGCCAACGCCCACAAGGACGAGAAUGUCGAAGAGCGGCCGUCUGCCGAUAUCGAAUUUCUGUCGGAACACUACCCGAAUAAUUUCGAGAUUCCCGAUCUGGAUGCGCAAAUAGCCAGGUUUCUAACUAUGCCUGCACCAGUCCCGGCGCCGAAACACACUCUGUGGAUAUUCUCGUUCGGAACAUGGGACAUUUGGAACCUGUCAGCCUUUUCCCGCAAAGCUGGCGAGGCCCAGAUUGAUAUUAUAGUCAAUCAUCUGUUUUCUCGCAUAGAGCGCCUCUACAUCCAGUCGUUAAACCCACAAUCGCCUGCGUUUUCUGAUUUCUGGUCCAAUGCCACUUCGAAUGACAUUGGCAGACUCGCAAAUCCAGACUCGGCUACCAAAGUAGACCCUCGGCAACUGGAAAACUUUCGAAUCCUGAUUCCUGAGCUGUUCGACAUUACACUGACGCCCAUUUGGGACAUUCGACGCGAUCCUCCAUUCCCUCAUACCAAAGGAGAGCAAAUGCGCAAUGCCGCUCAUUUGACGAUGUACUGGAACUCUAAAAUGACCCAUGAGCUCCAAAAAUGGACUGAGAAAGGACAGCAGCGACCGGAAGGCGUCGAAUCGGAGGCCAUUGCGCAGAUACUCCCUGGUAAAGCUGGCAGUCCUCCAGUCAAGUACUUACCACCUGGUGAUAACUCGGCAGACGCAAAGGUGGUCUAUGCGCCAUAUCCCAGACGCUCUGGUACUCAGUCACCAUCCAUUAAGACGAUUCUCAGCAUAAUGACUGAGGAGGGCAUGCAGCGCGCGGGCCUGCAAGAUGCCAAGGGUCGGGGAGGCAAGCCUGCGACAGCGUCGAUGCGAUUCCCUGAUGUAUGGACGCCUUGCUUACCUGGAGGGCUGAAUAUGGAUGGAAUGAACUUUGGCACGAAUGAGGAGUGCUCCAUGCCCAACGACCACUUGUUUUAUGACCGGUUCACAAUGAACCAGAAGGCUAUAGAUAAUGUGGCGGCCGAGGCUGCGAAGAAGGUUCGGGAAGAUUUGUUCAAGUCUCGCUAGACCGUGGAGUCACACAUGGGCUGCAUGUUUGAAUAUGGUCAGCCUUGGAAGGCUGUGUACUCGGGGACAUAUACUCGGGUGUUGAUCAUUUGCAUUGCGUGGCGUUUACCUGGGCUCGCUGGCUAAGACACGAUGAUCUUGGCUGCUUGAGUAUUUUUUUGAGUAGAUAUACAUGCAUAGAUUUAUAUGCGACAUACGAGUUGUUUGAAUUUACACUAUUUUUCUUUUUGCCUAU